AUGGUCUUAAAAAGAUUUGUGUCAUUCUUUGGACUCCAUGUUGUUACUAUUGCUUUGAAUGUUGUUGCAGAAAAACCAGCGAGAUAUGAUAAUGAGGGUGCUACUAUGUCUGACCCAAACGUUGGUACGCCAUUUGAACAUUUUUUAACAAAUAAGAAACUCGAUGAUGUUUUAGCUCGUAUGGAACGUCUCGAGGCUCGGGAGAAGGCUCGUGCGAAGACAUAUUUGAAUGAGAUACAGAAUUUACGACGCCAGUUGUUAAUACAAAUGCGACGUACCACAUCCCUAGAAAGGAUUGUGCGAAGACUGUCAAGUGAACGUUCUGAUUUGCUUAAUCAGUCAUUGGACAAACAGUGGCAAUUUCCCAUGGGCAUUGAGGGACAGGUUAAGCCGCCAAAUGUACAGUAUCGCGAUGAUCAAAACAAAAGGAUACGUCGUACAAGAAAUGAAUCACCGGUUGCAUUUUUUGCCGCACUUAAGCAACAUCUUUCCAAGCUUGGUGCCCAUCAACCAAUCACCUUUGAAAAUGUGGUAACAAACAUCGGCAACGCUUACAACAACACUUCCGGUUCCUUCAUUGCUCCAGUCCCUGACACGUUAUCUGAAGUCCGACAAUAUCCAUACUAA